UGUGGUUAUCUUUCACUAUCUCAGAAAUGAGUUUCAGUUAUUUUAUCUCUGCCGAAACCCAUUCAUCGUGAUUAGGCUAAAUUUGAGUUUCUUUAUCAUGAUCCGCUUUGCGGGCUUAGUAUCAGUAUCAAAAUGACACUGUUAUCGAUCGGAGUGGCACUGCUGUGCGUAGCGGCCUUCGCGUUUUUGAACUACGUCUUCGGCUACUGGAAACGACGAGGAAUUCGCCAAUUGACUCCGCACUUCCCGUUCGGGAACUUCACGGAUCUCUUCUUCGGGAAGGCGUCCUUCCCGAAAGUCUGCGAGAACCUAUACGAACGCAGCAAACAAUGGCGCCUUCUCGGUGGAUACGUCCUGCUGCGACCGAUCCUGUUGGUUAAUGACCCCCAGCUAGCCAAAGACAUCAUGGUGAAGGACUUCCAGCACUUCCACGAUCGCGGACCGCACGUGGACGAAGAGAACGAUCCCCUGAGUGGACAUCUCUUUUCGCUGGCAGGCGAGAAGUGGAAACAUCUCCGGGCCAAACUGACCCCGACCUUCACCAGCGGACGUUUGAAGGGCAUGUUCCAGACCUUGGUCGAUACGGGUGAGGUUCUACAGGAAUACAUCCAGAAGUACGCCGAAGGCGAAGACGUUGUCGAAAUUCGGGAAAUCCUUGCCCGCUACAACACGGACAAUAUUGCGUCGGUGGCCUUCGGCAUCAAAAUCGAUUCGAUUAACAACCCCAACGAACCGUUCCGCCAUAUUGGACGUAAGGUAUUUGAACCUAACUUCCGAAACAACAUGCGCGGACUGAUAACGUUCAUGGUGCCUAAGCUGAACAAGUACUUGAAGAUUAAGUCCGUCGAUGACGAUGUGGAGAAAUUCAUCCUGAAGGUCGUACAGGAAACUCUGGAAUAUCGCGAAAAGAACGGCAUCGUGCGAAGGGACAUGAUGCAGUUGCUUUUGCAACUUCGCAAUACCGGAACCGUUUCCGUUGAUGAACGCUGGGACGUUGAAACAAGCGACAAGUUCAAGAAACUGACACUGAAGGAAGUCGCUGCCCAAGCGCACGUAUUCUUCCUGGCCGGAUUCGAGACAUCGUCAACGACCAUGUCCUUCUGUCUGUACGAACUGGCCAAGCAUCCGGAAAUCCAACGCAGGGUUCAAGCAGAAAUUGACUCCGUCACCGCUCUCCACGAUGGCAAACUAACCUACGACAGCAUCAACGAUAUGCGCUAUCUGGAAUGCUGCAUCGACGAAACCCUCCGCAAGUACCCUCCGGUCCCGGUCCUGAACCGUGAGUGCACCCAAGACUACAAGGUCCCCGGAAUGGACUUCACCAUCGAGAAGGGAACGGCCAUCGUCCUCCAGAUUGCCGGAAUGCAACACGACCCGCAGUAUUACCCGGACCCGAUGCAGUUCAAACCGGAACGGUUCCAGGAUCCGGAGGUGAAGAGCAAACCGUACGCUCCGUUUGGAGAUGGACCCCGGGUUUGCAUCGGGAUGCGAAUGGGUAAAAUACAGACCAAGGUGGGUCUGUGUCUGCUGCUGUCGAAGUUCGACUUUGAACUGUUUGGCCAUGACGAACCGGAACUGGUGAUGGAUCCGAACAACUUCGUUCUGACGCCGGUCGAUGGAAUCAACUUGAAGGUUAGCUGCCGCGAGUAGCGGGGGAUGGUUGGGUCUCGAAUGUUUGAAUGUAUAUUUGUUUAAAAUAAACGAGAAUAUAAAUAAGUAUUUUGAGUUAAA